ACAUUGCUGAUCAAUGGAAGGGGACAAUUCAAUUGUUCAUUGGGUGCUAAAUUUAUGAACACAAGCCUUCCUCAAUGCAACUUCAAAGGAGGUGAAGAAUGUGCUCCUCAGAUUCUUCAUGUUCUUCCAAACAAGACUUACAGAAUCCGAAUUGCGAGCACCACUUCCUUGGCUUCCCUCAACUUUGCCAUCUCUAAUCACAAACUGGUGGUGGUGGAAGUUGAUGGUAACUACGUGCAACCAUUCGAGGUGGACGACAUUGACAUAUACUCUGGCGAGAGCUACUCCGUCCUCUUAAUCACCAACCAAAACCCUAACCAAAAUUAUUGGAUCACUGCCGGAGUUCGAGCUCGAAAACCGAACACUACUCAAGCUCUAACGAUCCUAAACUACAAAACCAUCUCUGCUUCAGUAUACCCUAUUACUCCACCCCCAGUAAUUCCUCUUUGGAAUGAUUUUAAUCGAAGCAAAACCUUCACUAAGAAAAUCUUUGCCCUAAUGGGAACCCCACAACCUCCAAAGUACUCACACAAAAGAAUUCUCCUUCUCAACACACAAAACCGAAUCAAUGGAUUCAUCAAAUGGUCCAUCAACAACAUCUCCUUAAGCCUCCCUUCAACCCCAUACCUAGGCUCCAUCAAGUUCAACCUCAAGGAUGUGUUCGAUCAGCGACCUCCACCAAAGACCUUCCCGCAAGACUAUGACAUCAUGAACCCGGCGAAAAACCCUAAUUCAACAACCGGGAAUGGGGUGUACAUGUUCCAGAAGGAUGAGGUGGUGGAUGUGAUAUUACAGAACGCGAACAUGUUGAGUGCAAAUAGCAGUGAGAUCCACCCAUGGCAUUUGCAUGGACAUGAUUUUUGGGUUUUAGGGUAUGGAGAAGGGAAGUUUAAGGAAGAAGAUGAGAAGAUGUUCAACUUGAAGAACCCUCCAUUGAGAAACACUGCAGCUAUAUUUCCUUAUGGAUGGACUGCCCUAAGGUUUAAGGCAGACAAUCCUGGGGUCUGGGCUUUUCAUUGUCACAUAGAGCCUCACUUGCAUAUGGGGAUGGGUGUGAUUUUUGCUGAAGGAGUUCAGCAUGUGAAGAGAAUUCCUAGCGAGGCGCUUACUUGUGGACUUACAGGGAAGUUUCUCAUAAGCAAGAACAAUCAUUAUUGAGACUAGGGCUUUAAUUUAAUUUUCUCAGCUUUAUCUGAAAUCUUAUUAAUUAUAAUAUUGAGAGUUGUUCUUCUUGUGAGAUGCGGUGUUGUAGCAUUAAUAUUUUUUUUUGGGCUUUUUCUUUUUGUUCUUGCUCAAAGCAAAUUUGGGUAAAAUGUUAGUUUGAUGAGACUGUGAUUGUUAAUUACUCAAUUGUAACAUCUUGCAGAAGCCUUCUGUAAUGAUAAAAUUAAGGUUCAUCUUCACAA